ACCAUUCAACCAGUGUCGUUUUGGUGUCUCAUGCGCCAUUUCAAUCAUGGCGGGGUCCAGUGAUGUUUCAAAUAUUUUGGAAAAUGAGGAAUUUAAGUUGCUGUCAACUACAUUUAAAGAAACUAUUGAAUGUUUUAUAGCAUCAAAAAAUUCAGAGGUUGAUGAAUUUAAAACGAAAUACGAUCGUCUUUUAAUAAAUUCAGAACAACAGUACUUUGAAGUGGAAAAGCAGCUGAUAAGUAGCAAUAACAAACUUGAAUCUGCAAUAGCUGCUAACAAUGACCUUCAAAGCAAACUCUCUGUCCUUGAAGAGACGUUUGCUGAGGCCACUAAAAAGCUACAGGAUUUGGAGAAGAUCAGUGAAGAGACUCAGUCAUCUCAGGUCAAAUUGACAAAAUUGAAAGAUGAGUUAGAAUAUGAUAAGAAUGAGCUGAAUGUGCUAUUAGAAAAGCGCAACCUUGAAAUAGACCGGCUGAAUGAUGAAUGUAAAAAAUUGACAGAGAGAGUGUCGGUUGUCAACAAUGAAAAGUGUGUUGCGCAGGCUAAAUUGGCGGAAUGUCAGUCACAGGAAGUGGCAAUGGGGUAUCAGGAAAAGCGGUUGAAUCGUGAGAAGGAACAGCUGCAACAGCAGUUGGAUCAGGUUUCCAGUGAGCUUCGGGAGAAGACAAACACACUGAUCAACUUUAGAAAGGAGAGAGCUGGGCAACUGCUGCAACUUCAAACUGAGCUUGAAGAAAAAACAGAAGAGGUUAAAUAUAAGGACAUGACUAUUGAAACAUUGAGAAAGGAGAAGGAGAAUCUUGCACAGAAAAUAGAAAACUACAACCAGAGACUAAAAGUUGCUCGCGAUGCACAGACAGAAUCCGAUGAGCAGUUUCGCCAGGAACUGGUUGCUCGGGACAAACUCCUUAAUUUGUAUAAGGGUUCUGCCGAGGAGAGAGAUAGCAAAGUGAAUGAGUUGACUCGAGCCGUUGAAGAAAUGCAGAAGUUACUCAAAGAAGCAGCUGAAGCUUACUCAGCUUUGCAAGAAGAAAAUAAGAAAAUGACAGAAGACAUGGAGGAGUUAAUCAAAUUAAAAGAUGUACAGAUUGAAAAGUUAAACAAGGAACUCAAACAUGCCAAUGAACUGCUGUCUGCUUUAAAAGGAAAAAAUGUUUCUCUGAGUGAGUCGGCUGUUGAAACCUUGUUCCCAACAGCAGCAGCAACCAGCAAAAUUCUCAAGUCUGGAAUGAGUCUCACUCAGAUAUACAGUGAGUAUGUACAAGCAUGUGACAGUCUUGAGCUGGAGAAAGAAGAGAACAAGAGACUCAAUCAGUAUCUAGAUCAAAUUCUACAGGAAAUCGAAGAACGUACUCCCAUGUUGAAGAAACAGAGAGAGGAUUACGAAUCUUCAUUGGUCACAAUUAAUCAGCUGACAUCACAGCUAGAUGCCGCCAUGCUGGAGUCUGAGAAAAUACGGUCUGAAUCAGAUGAAAACUUCAGAAAAGUUGGCCAUCUUCAACGAGAAUGUAAAAAGUUUCAGCAGAAAACACUUGACUUGGGACAGCAGGUUCGAUUUUUACUGAAGGAAAUCCACGAGAUGAGAGGAGGGCCACUACAUGUUCCAGAUGGGUCAUCUAACGAGGUUUCUAGCUCUUCAAAUAUUAUCACAGAAAAGUUGGUUACGUUUGGGAGCAUAGAGGAGAUGCAGGAGCAGAAUGCCCGACUCCUGGAGGUUGUGAGGGAGUUGAGUGACAACAAAGAAGAGGAAGAAAGACUCGCCACCGAGGAAAAGACAAAGGAGUUGAAGGAACAGUUGAAUGAAACACAAAAGGAGCUGGAAGAACUUCAAGAAGCCCGCUCACGGCAAGCAGAAAUGGUUGAAUCAGUUGUUCGACAGAGAGACAUGUAUAGAGUUUUGUUGCAACAAGGUAGUUCUUUGCCACACCAGAUGACCGACCCUCCAAUUCAUGCCUCGACCCCUGUAUCCAAUGGACGACCACAGCACAGUGGCCAGCAUCAUCGCGUGGACAGUCCGAUGUACCAUGGUGCCGAAAUACAAAAAACACUACAGGAGACGAAGGCUGCUCUCGUACAACUUCAAGAGGAGUACACGACGUAUAAAAAAGAAAGGAGAACUAACGAAAGAAUAAUUUCUGAUGAUCUGGACAAAACACGUGCAGAGUUGUCAAAACUUAAAGUGGAAAAUGCUAAGCUUUCUUCUCAGCUGGAAUUCCAGGCAGAGAGGUUUAAGACUCUGCAGGCAAAUGCUGAUGGUUACCGGCGCGAAAUCACAGCACUUCAGGAGAAGAAUCAGAAAUACUCCACCUCUGUUGCAAAACAUGAACAAACAAUUAAUGUCUUAAGAGAGGAUCUGAUGGCCGCUAAUGAAAAGAACACCCACCUGGACGUCAGGUGUGAAGGCUUGAGAUCCGAACUGGAACUGGUCAAGAUGUCUGAACAGCGACUGAUUCAAGAGGUUACUGGACUCCGCAGGGAAAAACAGUCGCAGAACAUGCUCAUGUCCAAUCUACAAUCCAUACAGACCAGCUUAGAAAGAGUUGAGUUUGAGAACAAAACCCGGCAGAAGAAUCAGCUGGAUGCCAAGGAAAAGGAGUUAAUUUCCCUACGUCGACGGGUGACUACUUUAAUGGAAGAACAGAAAACUGCAGCUACUAGAUGGGAGAAACGUUUGAAGGAUGUUGAAAUGAAACUACAGGAGGAACAGAAGAGAAACCACGAGCUAAAGGAUUUACUGGCUGAAACUAACAAAUGUGUAGACAACCUUAAGCAAGAGCUGAAGACGUCUGAAGCCAAAUGUUUAUCAUUGGAAGAAAAGCUAAAAAGACUUGGUGGAGAGGGACACGGUGCUCCAGCUGCAAGCUCAGAAGUGUCAAAUGUAGAAGAAAUCAAAGAUCUCAAAUCACAACUCAACCAGGCUCAGCAGCGCAUUAAAAGUCUGGAACAACAACUUGCAACAGCAAAGAAACAUGUGGAGCAGUACAAGAAGAUUUCAGACAGUGUAGAGGAAACACUAAAACAACAAAAUCUGACUAGCAAACAGUUUCAAGAUGGUUUGGAAAAGAGAGCUUCUGAAAUGAAACAAGAAAUAGAACAGUUGGAAAAACGAGUAGAGGUCAUGGAAAAAGAAAGACAAGAUUUGUUGAAUGAAAAUAUUAAAAUAUCAGAAGAAAGUCAUACACUGAAUGCUGAUCUUCGGAAGCAGCUGUCAAGUCUGCAGAACGAGCUGCAGGAAGCUGUGGAGAGACGCGAGGUGGCCAUAGCUAAUGAGGAGUCGGCCAAGAGAGACUUGGAUGCGCAGAUUAAAAUAGCUGCUGAGGCACAAAACAAGUAUGAACGAGAACUGAUGCUUCAUGCUGCUGAUGUAGAAGCUCUGACAUCACACAAGAAACAGAUUGAAAAUUUCAAUGCACUGCUAACAGAAGCACAAGAAGUGGGUAAAAAAGCUGAACAAGAAUUAACAGAAUCACGGACAUCAUGGUUAGAACAGGAGCGCAUCAUGCGUGAAGAAUGCCGUUUAAUGGAUCAGCGAGUUCGAGAACUCACCCAGCAAAAUAAUGUCUUACAUCAACAGAUGGAGAAAUUGACAGGACAAGUGGUAAAGAUCCAACAGAGGGUCCGCGAGGAUGCUCCCAAACCCGGCCGAUCAGACGACACUGUGAAAACUUCAGAUCAGCUGCUGGAAGUUAUUAAAUUUUUGAGAAAGGAAAAGGAAAUUUCUGAAACACAGCUAGAAGUAGCAAAGGCUGAAUGCAACAGAGUAAACCAGCGCUGUAAUUUGCUACAGAAACAGCUUGAUGAUGCAAACAAGACACUGUCUGAAGAAAGGCAGACUUCUCAGAUUGCUGUUCAGGCUGCAUCUCAGCAUGCCGAGAUGAUGAAGAAAGUUGAAAACCUCAAUCUACUGUCCGACAGUAACAAGAUGCUGCGAGAAGAACGAAAUAAACUACAGAGUCAGCUGCAAGAAGCCGAAGCCAAAGUAAAGAAACUGGAAGCGGACAUUGCACCUUACCAAACAACCAUACGCACCCUUCAGGCCCAGAGAGACACAUUAGUGAGUGAGAAGAGUUCUAUGAUGAAUGAAGUUGAUCGCUGGAAGUCGCGAACAAACCACCUGAUAGAACAGUCACACAAGGCAGAUCCUGAGGAACACAAGAGAGUCUUGCAAGAGAAGGAAACUAUGCGCCGACAGAUUGCACAGAGUAAUGAAGAAAAGUCAAAACAGAGGGCAGAAAUAGUAAAACUGAAUUCAAGUAUACAAACAAGUCAAAGUGAAUUGCUUGCAGCAAGGAAUCAGAUAACACAGUUAAAUGUUGAGAUUACAAAUCUAAAAACUCAGCUACAAGUAAGCAAUCAAGAUGCUGAGGAGAAAGUCAAAACUAUUAACCAGCUGAAGAAGAUUGGAAGGAAGUACAAAGAACAGACAGAAAUGCUCAACAAGUCGGUAGAAGAUCAGAAGAAAGAAUUGGAAAAUCAGAAAAAAGAAUUGGAAGAAGUAAAAAACAAAUCUGCCAGUCAGGAGGCUGAUCAGCCCAAUAUGGCUGCCCUGGAGCAGACGUCAGCGGAACUGAAGAGUAAGAUGAGUGCCUUGGAGAAAGAGAGGGAGGAACUAAAGCAACAGGUGAAACAGAAAGAGAUGGACGUCACUGAAAUUAAGGAGGAACUAGAGAAAACUAAGAAGGAAAUAGUGGAACUGCAGGCGUCAAGUACCCAACUGAAGGAAGAGAAUGUGGAAUAUGAAAAGAAGCAGGGUCAUUCAAGAGCAGUUUUGCAGACAGCCAAAAAUAAGCUGACCAAUCAGAGGCAACAGUUAGAGAAGCUGACCCAUGAAAAUGCAGAACUGAAAAAGAAAGUUACUUAUGCAGAUUCUGCACUAAAAGAAGAGAGUGAGAUGAAAUUCAACAGUAUGAAGUCCCAACUGGAAAGUCGCAUCUGUAAGUUGGAGAGAGAUCUGCAGGAAGCAAAGGCGUCCUCUACGUCGGGCGAUACAUCAGACUGUCAACAGCAGUUGGAAGCAAAACAGAAGGAAAUCCACGAACUCCAAACACGGAUGAAUCUACUGCAGAAAACAUUGGAAAAUCACCAGAAAGCUCAGUCUCAAACACCUAGCAUAGCCGGGAGACCAGCUGCCUCGGCACAGCCAAGUGUUGUUGCAGCAGAAACUCCUAAAAAGGCCAACAUUCGACCAAUGGCCACUGCCGUAACAUCUGUUCGACCCACAACGCCCAUUUCCCACAGUUCUGCUGCAGCCAAAGUGACGGCUAGUAUUCGCCCCAUGGCAAUAGCUCCCUCGUCUGCACCUUCAGCUUCCACAUCCGCAUCAACAAGUGGCAUGACACCAACAGCCACUGUGAUGCCGACUACUGUGACACAACAAGAAGUUGUUGAAGAAGGACCAUCGUCAACAGCCACGCCUCAGACGAGUUCCGGUGGUAUUCCAUCGGCCAGCGUGAUGGCCUGGCCCCAGCAGGUGCAGAGAGUGUCGCCACAAGUGGAAAUUGUUCAAGGAAAUGAAUCUGAUCUCAUAGAAGAAUCAACGCACAUUACUGACCAGCCUGUUCAGUUAACUCCUUCCCAGCAGACACCACAGCAGAUGGUGCAGCCAGUGCCAUCUACGUCCUCUCACAUUACCACACCAGAGGGACCUGGUGUAGCUCAGCCAGUGAAAAGACAGAGAGAUGAUACUGAAAGUCAAGAGGACUCUGAGACCCAAGCAAAAAGAACAAGGAUUGGCCAGGAACAGUCUCCAAUCCCUACUAUCACAUUAACCGAUGAGAAUUCGCACACUGUAAGUCUGGAGUCGGGAAUCGCGCCUCUCGGUCCGGAGAAGCCAGCCAUGGUGAUGCCUCAGCCCGUCCAGCCCAUUCCACAGAACACGGCCUCUCAGUCUGAAACUAUUGCUUUCUCAUCGAGUCAAACAGAGAGUCAGUUUAGAGAGCAGGAAGAAACCAUCACUUUUACAAGUGAUUUAACAGAAAGUCACUCUGCUGAACAGACCCAGUCCGAUGUGGUACCUGAAGGACAUCAGGAAGAUUCAGGGAGUGAUGUCAUCUUUGUAGCAAGUGAUGAGGAAGAGAUGGAUGAGGAAGAUGAUGAUGAUGAUGACGACGACGAUGAUGACGAUAACGACGAUGAUGAGGAUGAUUAUGAAGAUGACGAGGAUGAUAAAACUGGAGGCCAGGAUGAUGAUGUUGUCAUCAUAGAUGUCGAUGACAAUGAUCAGCAGGUGGAGUCACGGAAUGUAGCGGAAGCACCUGCAGAAUCACAACAACCGGUGAUCUCACAACAGUCGAUAACCAGUUCAAACCCACCACCCCUGCAGUCAGUCGGCCAGCAGGCUGUUGGGCGAGCACAGUUAGCUCCCUUUAUUCUUGGGUCUCAGCCCGGUCCGUUCGAAGAAGAGGACUGCACUGUUCCCAGCACUCCGACUCUCUCACUUCCUCGACGUGGAGAUGGGUUCGCAGAAGCUUUAAAUUCUCCUCACGUUCCUCAGAGUUUUGUGUUUGGCAGUGGAGUUGAAGGUCUCAGCCAGCCAGAACUGGCACAGCUAGAAUCACAGAGAGCACUAGGUAUGGACGACACCCGGAUGGAUUUGUCUCAAUUUGAUGACGCCGGAGGUCGACCUGUCCCCUCCAUGCCAGUUCCUGCAGCAACUCCCACUGCGACACCUACAGAAUCUGUUUCCCAGCCACCUGAGUCUGUUACUGCUGUUAAACCUGAUGACGCUGCUAAAGAAACAGAGCCUACAGCUGCACAAGACAAACCUGCAGAAACCAUUCAAGAAGGAGAAGAUUUGGAGGAAGCUGCACUCUUGGGAGGCCAGGGUGACAAGGAAGAAACAUUGGCUGAAGGAGGAUCAGGUGACCGUGGGUCAGGGGACGCCCCUCCAGAAGGUUCCAUUCCAAAGUCUGAUGAGGCUGGCAGUGAGAUGUAUGAGGGAGAUGACAAGACACAGGAUGCUGCAGGAAUGACAAGGCCGCGUAUUCAGCGUAUUACCUGGAGUUCCCCUGAGGCAGGUGGUUCAGCUCCAGCCCAGCAGGUCACCCCACAGACCACCCCGCCCGCUCCCACUGUACAGAGUGAAGCCCAACCUCGUCAGGCCAGGGGUCUGCGUCGUGGAGCCAUGCCGACCAGGUCACGGGGAGGUCACUGGCCGGGUCCACGCAGACCCAUGAGAAGACCCGCAAGAGGGAUGUACAGACGUCCAUUUUGAAUCAGGAACUUGAAUUAAACAAAUCAUCGGCUUGAUUCAACACUCACAUUUGAAUCAUCUGAAAUUAAAUUACAGUCAGGCUGCUCAAGCAGUUGUUGGUUUUGUAAGACUAACUUACUAUUGCAUAAAUCAUAUACUUAAUCCAAGAUAACCAGUCUUAAGAGGCCAUAUCAUAGUGAACUCUCAAGUGAAUGCUAAAUGCAGGAUUGACCAACUGCUUUUGUGAAGUUUUGUGAAGAUUGUGUAUGAACUUUUUAUCACACAGAUAUUCAUCAAGAUUAAGUGCAAUAUGAAGAACGUGUUGGGACAUAAUUUUGUAUCUUGCACACACUCUGAAUAUGAAAUAGCACAGCUUUUGAGUUACAAUUGCACUUACGCUCACUAAAAUUUUUAAUGUGAAUGAAUCAUGGUUUCUCUUAGAACAGUUAUUUGUUCAUGUUAAAUUGGUAAUGUAUGUUAUCACUUAAUGAAGGAUCACUCUGUGACAUUUUCUCCAUUUCAUAUCACCUAUGGAAUCACAUCAAGUUUUAUUCAUUAAAAGCUGUACAUUGUU